CCAGCCAUAACCAUAGAGUCUCUGGCCAUAACAUAACCUAUAAUUAUAAGACUUUCCUGACAGUUCCGCUUGUUCGUGGAUAAAUAAUCUUGACCCAAAGAAUCAGGUUCUCUUAAAAAGAGUAUUAUUUUAAAUUUUUCAAAAUGCUCAUCAAAGUGAAGACCCUCACUGGUAAAGAAAUUGAAAUUGAUAUCGAACCUACAGAUAAAGUUGAAAGAAUCAAAGAAAGAGUUGAAGAGAAGGAGGGAAUACCACCUCAACAGCAAAGACUAAUUUUUUCAGGAAAACAAAUGAAUGAUGAGAAAACUGCCCAAGAUUACAAGGUCCAAGGAGGUUCUGUUUUGCAUUUAGUCCUCGCCCUUCGUGGGGGGUUAUUUUUAUGAAUUUUUGCAAUUUAUUUAAUUUUUUGUUCACAUGUAAACAACCAAAAGUAACAAUAAAUAUUUGUUUUUCUAAUAA